AUGUGUCCUGCCCCUUGGUACAAGGAAAAAUUACCUUCCAAGUGCUUUCAAAAGCAGGCCAGUAAUAAAGAGAGAUUCUCGGAUUCUCUCAACGGUCAGCGAUGGAGAUUCCUGAAAAGUGGCCUGGAUGAUUUCAGAAGUGGGUGUCCUCCACCUUCGGGCAGCCUAAUAAUUCAAGGCACAAAAGGGCCCGCUCCGAUCAUCCUACAGUAUAAGAAACUGGAUCCUUCGCAGAUUGUCCCUUACAAAUCCAGAGGUUUGCUGAGGAAACGCACAGCGGUUCACUCCAGACUCCCUACACCUCUGAAAUCCAAGAUGGACUCCAAGCUCACCCAGGAGCAGCACCCACUGGCACUGUAUCCACACCUGGAAGAGAGUGUGCCUCCAGAGCUUUUUGAUGAUGUGAUGAAGCUCCUGGAUCCUGGGAUGGAGCUGACUCGAACAACGCCGGAUUAUAGUAAAGACGAUUUGACCAUCUCUUCGCCUACUCAAUAUCACAUCAGAUAUGAUGUGCCCCCAAACAGAAGCUACAGUGCCACCCUUCCCUGGGUGCAAAAAAAGAAGAACCCUUACACGUGGUUUAGUAAGAAAGAAGUGGCCCAGAGGCAACAGGCAGCCAAAAUAGAUUACGUUCCACCCCUGGAUGAAAACGUCAAGAGGGUGACAAAGGAAUUUUGUGAAUGGGUUAAUGAAAUGGGAGGAGACAAGUACAACAUUGAUGAAGACACCAUCAUGAAACUCUUUGACACGAGGUACGAAAGCGAUAUCAAGACAGCUACACCCAUUAAAAUAGUGGAGCUCUAUCAAAUACCAGCAGAGCUGAGACAAUAUCUGGGGGGGCAUCCGGUCCAGAAGAGGAUUCCCACAAAGCUAACCCCUUCUGAGCCCAAAUGGGAAAAGAUUAAAUAUGGAGCCUGGUACCUUCCUCCAAAGACAUGGAAAAAGAAACGAGCAACUGAGAAGGAAGAAAUUCCAGAAUGUCUACAAAUCUUCCUGAAGGCCAGGAAGAAGAUUGUCCAAAAGGCAGAAUUAGAAUCGUCACUGCACGGGACGUAUGCCUUUGAACAAUUCCUCGAAACCAAAGGUUACAGGAAGCCUCAGUUUCUUCUGCAGAUGUUGGCUGCAUGUCAUUCUGACAAGAUAGCAGAAGACAGCGAGCUUCUCUCCAGGAAACUUUCGAUGAAGGUCCUUCAAGAAUUUAGAUCACAGUCUUUGGCGACCAUUUAA